CCGCUGAUAACGAUAAGCAUCGGCAUGCUUCCAUGCGGUCAUGUGUUUGUGUUUAUACUUGACUUACUUGCUUGACUACAUUCCAUCUUCAACAUUGCAUAUUCACCACUCAUCUAAUGUUUAAUUCUACAGUUUGACAAGGAGCAAAAAGAGAAGACAAAAAUGGACCCCCCUCUCAGAAUGGAUCCCAAAAUGGAUCCCAAAAUGGACACCAGGAAGAUCAGCGCCCAGCGUCUUCCCCCGCCUGUCCUCUUCCAAGGCCCACCAUCACACAACGCCUCCAAUCUCUCCCUACCACCCCCGGUAUCCGCUGUCCCAACGGCAGGAACAAGUCCGCGCCCGCCUCUACAGCGGAAUCGCUCCUCUCGGGGCCUAGAUGCCCCGGGGUCCCUGUCGCCGUUCCUCAGCCGAAAACAGUCCAAGGGGGAGGUGGACGGCUCCGAGGCAAUAUGGCAGGAGAUGCAGAGUGCAUUGUCGGAGGUGGAAUUGAGUGCCGCAACCGGUGAACAUGUCUUUGGAGAAAGGCACUCCGAGGCGUUGGAGGACCUCCGCACGAAACAGCUGAAGCUCGCGCAGGCGUGGGCGCGCAGUGAGGCGGGCGAUGAGGUUGUGGAGGCAAAGGGGGCCCCUGUCGCAAAGAGUAAUGCCUCUUUGCGGCCGGCGUCGCGCAGUACGGCUGGUGCGGGGGAAUCGGGUAAUGCGGAGGAUGGGGCCUCUAGAAACCUGGAUGAAGAGACAGAGAAGGAUAUCCUUCUUGCGCGGGAGAGACGUGAGGCGAAUGAUCGGUACUUUGAUCGAGUUAAUAAUGGUGUGCUGGAUGUUGUGGCAAAGCUGGAGGAAGUUGCUCAGGCUAUGCGCGCGGUUGAGAGGGAGAGCAAAGAUAUUUGGAGCGACACCGAUAGCAUGAGUACAACGACGCAGACCACGACUGAUACUGGGUGAGACUUGGCUUGCCCAAGGCAGCGUUCAUAUGAUUGGAACCGUGUGCCGCUCUAUAGAGCGAGGUAACUGGUCUGCAUGUUGGCGGAUGGAACCCUUCUGGGAGGGCGUAUACAUCUUGGCAAUGCAGUAUACAGCCGACUGCCAACUAGCAGGGUCAAGGCAACCCCGUCGAGUCUGAGAUCUUGUACAUCAUUGUUCGCCUUGAAGCACGCCCACCUGACUACAUCAGUAGUACCGCUAUCGAGCGCCCCAGAACAUACAUACCCGUCAAGCCCAACAAACAAACAGCAAAAAGAAAAGUAUAGCAUUAUCGCUAUUCAAAUAACAAAACAAGGG